AACAAAUGUAACAGCUACACCAUUUAAACACUUCAAACACCAGCAGAACGCUUUAGAUUUACAAACGAAACGCGCCCAUGUUGAACGUAGCUCGGCGCGAUAACCCGGAAGUACACACAAAGCAGGAAGUGUUUCCGGAAGACGUGGCUGUAGAUGCAGUGGCAGCUGUCAUUCUGAGAAACACUUUAAGUUUUUCGGCUCUUGUUUUCGUUUUGUGCUCACUGGUUUACUCWGCGUCAAGAUGAUUUCUCUGACGGACUCUCAGAAGAUUGGAAUGGGAUUAACGGGGUUUGGAGUGUUUUUCCUCUUCUUUGGGAUGAUCCUGUUCUUUGACAAAGCUCUUCUGGCUAUUGGGAAUAUCCUGUUUGUGGCUGGACUGGCCUUCGUCAUUGGACUAGAGAGGACUUUCCGUUUYUUCUUCCAGAAGCACAAGAUGAAGGCCACCGGGUUUUUCUUAGGGGGGGUGUUUGUGGUGCUUAUUGGGUGGCCCAUCAUCGGAGUCGUCCUGGAAAUUUAUGGUUUUUUUCUUCUCUUCAGGGGUUUUUUCCCAGUUGUGGUAGGUUUCAUCAGAAGAAUACCGGUYCUGGGCUCAAUCCUGAACCUGCCUUUCAUCAGUGCAUACGUGGACAAAGCGGGUGAGAGCAACUCGAUGGUAUAAUAGAGACUUUUUGUCCCCAGGAGAGGUUGAAAAUGGUUCAGGCCUUCCUCUCCAGCAGCCAAAGAAUGUUCCUGUUUGUAAUUCACUGGUCAGAGGCUCCUGUGCGACGCACCACCUGUCUCUGAUGGACUUCCUCAGGUGGUGGUCCCAGGAAAUAUUUUCCAUCUCUUCUCAUCAGACUCCGAGUAUCUGGCCUACUUUGUGAAGCUGACAGACAAAAARUACUGUGGUAUAUUUCUGUGCCAAUGCUUUAACUUUAUCUGGACAAAUGUUUUGUCUCAUCGCAGUUUUUCUGACACUUCUUUUUCUGUCUUUAAAUGAUCUGAUGUUUUUCUUUGUUUGUGGGCUAAAAGUGCUUCAAUAUAAAUUAUUUUUAAAUGUAUUUCACUUCAUGUCAUUUAGUAUUUAUGUUUCUCAACAAACUGCAGAGUGUUUUAAUACUGAGGUCGAGUCAGAGCUAAUGGUGGUGCUGGAAGGUUGGUGUUCUUAGUUAGCCAGCUAGCUUCUGCUGUGAAGCUAACCCCAAGGAACAUGUCAGCUAAUAGGGUAACAAGAAAGUGUCACCAUCUGCAUCAUUUUUAAUAAAUGUAACUCACUCUGAGCAUCUGAAUUUCUAAUGAAUCUUUGGUGAUCUCAGGAAAAUGGCUUCAARCAACCUCUCAUCAAAAUCUGGAAACACUACUUGUAAUGAGUUGAUUAUUUUUUUAAAGAAAUUAGAGAUAUACAUACUUUUUUUUGAGUUCAGAGUUUGGUAUGGCAUUAACAGAUCUACUCUACAGAGGUUUUUUUUUUUCUGUUUCCAUCUGUUCAAACUGAGAUUGGUGGGUCGAAGAAGAAAUGUCGGAACUGUGCUUGUGGACAAGUGCACCAUCAUCCUUCAACUACUUUCCAUUCAUGGGCUCCAUUUCCUCUGCAGCCCACCACCACCACCACGGCAUCAYUGGACAAGAACCAAACGAACGUUCUGGCAGUCUCUCCUCAUCCAAAGCAGACUCGUCUCUACUCGUCCUGUUGCUUUGAUGUUUUCCUUGGUCUACCUGUUUCUUGUGGUUUUUCCAACACACUGGUGGAAACAACCAACCUGAUUUUCUGUAACUCAUAGUUUUCCUGAUUCCUGACAGCCCUCAGCUCUUUUAAAGAACUUUCUAACUGGACAUCUUUAGRCGUGAGCCAGAAUUUAUUUUAUAGAAAAUCAAAUUAUAAAUUGAUUGUCUUUUAUUUUCCUUUGGUCUGAGAAAAAUAUUAGCUGUUAGGGAUGGGAAUCUUUUUCUCUCUCACGGUUUGAUUGGAUUUAGAUUUUUGGGGCCACGAUUCAAUUUAAAAUCGAUUUUUCAUUCAGAACUGAUAAUGUGAACCCAUUUGUCGUGUUCCCAAAGCACUUCAUCUUCAUUUUGCAAACCUCGCGCACCUCGCUCAUGUCAAACUCAGACUCAUUCAGUAAAAAAACAAAAACAAAAUGAGCCCAAAUCUUAACAUUUAACGAAGACAGGGCUGGCUGAAUCUCUCUUUCCUCCAGUUCUGUAGUUUCCUCUUCGUUUUGGUGCUUUCUGCACAUUCAUGUUCCAGAAGCAGCUGUGUGAUGACGUCGGGAUGUCUCAUGUAGUUAAGGAAUGGAGACUGACAGCCUUUGGAUUUGCUUUAUCUUUUUAUUUAUAAAAAUCGAUUUUGGGACAUUUUAAAUCGAUUCUGAAUCUUUGUAAAUGAGAAUCACGAUUCUGAUGUAAAACAAUUUUUUUGGUGCACCCCUAUUAGCUGUAUAUAAUUAGAUUUAAGUAUGUUUUACCAUGCCUAAAUGUUCAACUGCUAGUAGUUUUGUGCCACUUAUGUGAAUAAUUUUCCUAUAAAAUAAAAUAAAAUAAAAAUCCUUUACACA